CGCAGCGUCACCAUCCGAGAAGGGUCGAAUGACGUCACAGUCGGCUUGUGUGUCAUUUUCGACGGAUAAACCACCACGAGUCGAGCCGACGCGUGUUGUCUUUCCUUCCCAGCUCAGGUCAUAUGUGACAACCGUGAAGUCAAGUCGUUUUUGUACCGCCUCGCUCCAGAAGAAGGGACGACAAUGGGGUUUAACGCGGGAACAAGCUCAUCAGUGGCGACGUCGACUACAGCGACCGUGUUAUUAGCGAUACUAGCCGUCGUCUUCUUCUCUUCUCCGGUGGGAGCCAAUGAAGACUGCCUGUGGUACGUGGACAAGAAUGGCACGUGGCACAACGGCUUCGACUGCCCUCUCAUUACUUUCUGCUGCGGAAACUGUCAGCGGCGCUACUGUUGCCUCGACGCCUUCAAGAUGAUCACAGAACGUGAACAGAAGCGCUGCAUGCUUUUCCAGUUCAGUCCAACGACAUUAGCUGGCAUCGCCUCGUCCAUCCUGCUCUUCGUGGUCAUCAUCGCCACCAUGGUGUGCUGCUUCAUGUGUUCCUGCUGUUAUCUCUACCAGAGAAGGCAACAGCGGGGCAGGACUCCUUAUGAGCCCCAGCACAUCCCGAUGGCCAGCUACCCCGUUGAGCCUCUCUACGACGCCUACGGGAAACCACUCGGGCCGUCUGAUUAUCCGCAUGCGGGCUAUCCCAUGGCGCCUCAGUACCCAGGCAUGCCUCCACAGUACCCCAUGAUGCAGCCCGGACAAUAUCUCCCUCCCAAUAUGGAUCCUGCUUACAGCCAAGCCCCUCCACCGUACUCUCCUCCACAAUAUCCUGGUCACUGAUCAGCUAAAAACACUGGCAAACUCGCACUUGCACACACUCAUUCAUGAAAUGUGGUCAGUAGCAGCAAUGGGAGAGAAAAGACUGUUUUAAAAGAGUGACAGGCAGCAACAUUUCGCACACACCUCAACAAACAAAUACUUCAGUGUGUUCAUCCAGCAUAAAAAUCAUAUUUAUAUAAUAGUUUAUUUAAAAUCUAACAACAUUCUUUUCACUUGUGUUCUCCCCCAUUUGGCAAGUGUGCGAGGAUGUUAGCACAGUGUGCUCAGCCAUUUAAAAGAUUCGUUCUUUGGCGAAAGCCACCGUAAAUGCCAAUGGAAAGGAUUAAUUCUACAACACUAUUGGGUUCAGAGGUAUGUACAUUUUGUCAUCCCAUCAUAUUUUAUUUUUCUCAAAUACACUUGCUUCAAGUAGUCUUAAUAUGGCAUGAGGUAACACACUGUGACUGAUCCACAAGUAUGAUUGUUUGUUUUUUUUCCUAUUGGUUUUUACUAUGAGCAAAACUUGCAAUUUCCGUGCAAGCGGUGCAUGUUUGAUUCUAGAAUAAUGGCUAUGUGUAUUUAGUACAAAGCAAAGUUUUAAGUGCCAUGCUAAAAAAAGAACAAGUAGGAAAAUAUAUAUAUUUUUUAUGAGAAUUAAGUUAAUAUUACCAGAUACAGGUUGUACAUGAGCAAGACAACUGUUGGGGGAAGUUGUCAUUUUAAGUGAAGAAAGCCAAUGAGGGAUGAAGUCACAAACGUUCUGAGGUUUAUUUAUUUAUUUUUGUUGUAAAAUUGUGGUCCUCAAAAUAAUCUCAAAUAAGGUGCAUUAUGAGAAUUCCGUUAAUAUGAAAAGGAAAAUCUGUUAAAGUUACUGGGGGGAAAAAUGUACUUUUGUACUAUGAGGAAGAUUGUCAUUGAACUGGAAAUAGUAAUAUUAUAUAUAUAAUAUUCUAUAUAUGUAUAUUGAAUAGUUAAUUCUAUUACGGGUUUUACAAUGACCAGAAACAUGGUCAUUCACUUGAAGGAAAUAUGCAUUGGAAUAGUACAAGGUCAUUUUCGAAACGUCAUAUAAACAAUAUUGGAAUGUUAUGAGAGAAGUCACAAUUUCCCUUGGUAUCAUUUUAGGUGACGAAAAGUGUUUUCAACACAAAUUGUACAAUUACACCAAAAGGUCAGUUCAACAAAAAGUAGAAAUAUUACCGUGAACAAAAUGUUAGGUUGUAAUAUUUACAAGGGUACCACAAGAAAGUUUUUAAUUUUACAAGGAACGACAUAGAAGUUCCAGACAAGUUUUAAUUUUAUAUGUCCACACAUGAUGCAAAAAGUUCACGUGUAGACUACUAGAUUUAGUUCAAAACUAUUCCAGAAAAUUUUACGACUAAUUUCAGUUUGGAGUUGUAGUUUUUUUUUCCCCUCAAAAAACUUUUAAGUUGUCAUUUGUAGUGAACGAUAAUAUCAGAAGUUGUGAUGUCACAAGAAUAUCACAAGAACAAGUCUUAACAUUUACGAGGAAAAACAAGAAUAAAUUCAGGGUUUUCCCUCUGUGGAAUAAAAAGUACUGGUUUUUCAAAACCAAAGUAACAAAAUGUGAAGUUGUGACCUUUAAACUGCUGUAGUGUUUUCUUUCCAGUGUGGCGCUGCUAUGACGAUACAUACGGAAUACCUAAUAAAUUUUGAGUUCUUUCGCUAAGCUAGCAUUCCUAUUAGCUGCAUUUUGUACCAACGUCGGUCGGCAUGUUCUCCACUUUGUUGCUUUUCUCCUUUUCCAAAACGAAGUAGAACUACAUUUCCGUUGAUGUGUUAGCGUGAUGUCCAUGUUGAAUAUUUCUUGUUCAAAUUAUUAGUUCUGGUGAAACAUCAGGUCAAGGGGAGUUGUUGGUCUGUAAUGCUGCUUUGAAUUUUUGAACUGGAUACCCAACAUCCCGCCUCACUCUCGCCAUGAAACUAAAGCUGGAUUUACGCUGCAAGGCUCAAAGUGACAAGUAUUGCAAUAGGGGGAAAAAAUAGGAAGUGAUAUUUUCAGACUGGAAGUUUUGUAAUCCCAUUCCUCAUCUGCCUUUUGGUCUUUUAACAAGACUAUUUUUCAAAAUAAUAUCCUGUUAUUACUCUUAGCUUUCCAAUAUAAUAAAAGUGACGUGUACUUGGCUAUUGGAUCAAUUAUCUAAAAAGUUUGACCCCGCCGCCCCCCCUUCGUUUGUUAGACAAACUGCUUUUUCCUCUCCUAUUGAUGUCUCCACUCAUGCGAUUGAGCUUUGUUUGUAUUUAAGCCGGUGAGAGAAAACCGUGUUGUGUCGGAAGUUGAUGAGCCAUCGUAAAGCACACUGGAAAUGUUUGAACGCUUUCCUCUUUGGAAUUCCUCUGUGUUUUUUGUUGGGGUUUUUUCCCUUCUUCCUCUUGAUCCCGUGUGUCUAAUUAAACUAACUAUGAGUUUGAAAACAACUAAAAUGUAAUGUUUUGUAAUUGUAAUGUAUAAUAUGAGUGAAGAGAUUUUAUUUCUAAUGACAUAAAAUUUAACUUUGGAAUGUA